ACCAGCCAGUCAGGAUCUGUGUAGCCUGGGUAGCUUGUGUAGCCAAGCCCAUCUCAGAUCGGUCUUAACAACGACCUACUUGCAGCGACCAGCGACCAGCGCCUUCAACUCCGUCCGUCCCGUUCAUACCCCCAAACUUCCAAGGUUCUUCCAACGACCUGGUCACUUUACCUUCACCUGAUCUCUUUCCAUAUUACUUCCCCUUACUUACCUUUUUCUCUCUCUUUCCCAUUUAUUGUUCUCGCCUUUCUUCUUUUGCAACUAUUUCUCAGCUCAUAGGCGAACUUCACACAAUGGAUUCAGCAGCAAGUUCCAUGGAGCUUAAGGAUAACACGGUUAUCGUGGUCCUCGGUGCUUCGGGAGAUCUUGCAAAGAAGAAGACGUUCCCUGCACUUUUUGGCCUUUACCGCAAUCAAUUCCUGCCGAAAGAUGUCAAGAUCGUCGGAUAUGCGCGAACGAAGAUGGACCACGAGGAAUACCUCAAGAGAGUCAAGUCAUACAUCAAGACUCCUACUAAGGAUCUAGAGAAGCAGCUAGCAGAGUUCUGUGCACACUGCAGUUAUGUGUCUGGUCAAUAUGACCAGGACGACUCUUUCUUGAACCUCAAUGCGCAUCUCGAAAAGCUCGAAGACGGCCGAAAAGAGACACAUCGCCUGUUCUACAUGGCUCUUCCCCCGAGCGUCUUCACUAUCGUCUCCCAGCACCUAAAGAGAUGCUGCUACCCAUCUAGAGGCAUUGCGCGAGUUAUUGUCGAGAAGCCUUUCGGAAAGGAUCUUGCCAGCUCUCGUGAGCUACAGAGGUCUUUGGAGCCGGACUGGAAAGAGGAUGAGCUCUUCCGUAUCGACCACUACCUUGGUAAGGAGAUGGUGAAGAAUAUUCUUAUUCUUCGGUUCGGUAACGAAUUCUUCGGCGCUACCUGGAACCGACACCACAUCGACAAUGUUCAAAUCACCUUCAAAGAGCCUUUUGGUACCGAGGGUCGUGGUGGGUACUUCGACGAGUUUGGUAUCAUUCGAGAUGUUAUGCAAAACCAUUUACUCCAGGUUUUGACGCUUUUGGCUAUGGAGCGACCUAUCUCUUUCUCGGCCGAAGAUAUUCGUGAUGAGAAGGUCCGUGUACUUCGAGGUAUCCCUGCUAUCGAGCCGAAGAAUGUUAUUAUCGGUCAGUACGGAAAAUCUCUCGAUGGCAGCAAGCCUUCUUACAAGGAGGAUGACACCGUUCCCAAGGAUUCGCGCUGCCCGACCUUUUGCGCUCUAGUCGCAUACAUAAAGAAUGAGCGAUGGGAUGGUGUACCAUUCAUCAUGAAGGCUGGAAAAGCUCUGAACGAACAAAAGACCGAGAUCCGAAUUCAGUUCAAGGAUGUUACUAGUGGUAUCUUCAAGGACAUUCCUCGGAACGAAUUGGUCAUGCGUAUCCAACCAAACGAGAGUGUUUAUAUUAAAAUGAACUCUAAGCUACCCGGAUUAAGCAUGCAGACGGUCGUGACGGAGCUCGACUUGACUUACAGGCGACGAUUCUCGGAUCUUAAGAUCCCCGAGGCCUACGAAUCGCUGAUCUUGGAUGCCCUCAAGGGCGACCACUCCAACUUUGUCAGAGACGACGAACUCGACGCUAGCUGGAGAAUCUUCACACCACUAUUACACUACCUUGAUGAUAACAAGGAAAUUAUCCCGAUGGAGUACCCCUAUGGAUCUCGAGGACCGGCUGUCCUAGAUGACUUCACGUCGUCUUAUGGGUACAAGUUUAGCGACGCGACAGGUUACCAGUGGCCGAUGACGUCGGCCGCUCCCCCUAACAAGUUGUAAGUAGAUAUCAGCAUAGUGAUUUAGCGACAACAGGUAUCAAGGCAGCGUUGGUGGUAGAUUUACAUAGGAUAAUAACUGAUAUCCUCCGUUACUAGCUGAUUUUGAUAUUUCACCGACGAUAUCCGUCGACAUGCGUGAUCUUACUUCUUAGACUACGGGCGAGGGGCAUGUCAGAAUGCCGAGCUCGGCACAUGGAACGAAAAUAAGGUCUCUUUCUUAGUCUUCAUUGCUGGGAACCACGGAUUGGGGGGCGCCGGAUUAUUGAUGAACUCUGCUACCUAUAUCAUGAUAGAAAAGCAAUGAUAUUCCCUUCGAGUUAUAA